GCGCGCGCGCCGUGACGGCUUUGCGUGACGGUGGCGGGGAGCGCGCGCGCGCUCCCGCCCUCCAGUAAAGCCAGCGCCUAUCGCGGCGGCUGCUUCUUCUCCUCCUCCUCCUCCAGCAUGGGAGCGUAAUCAACGGCCGCGCCUGCAGCUCCCCGCCUCUCCCCCUCCCACCAUUAUCCUCUCUCUCGACGAGCCCCCCCCCCACCCCCCGCCCGCUCGGCGAGAGAGCGAGACGGCGCUGCCCGCUCCCCACCGCGCCGAUCCCUUCCAUGGAGCUGGCACCGCCCCGCUAAGCCGGAGCUGCCCGCCCGCCCGCUGCCGCUGGGGAGUAGCCGGCUGAGAAGGGGAGGGAGGGAGGGAGGGGGGUGGGGGGCGGAGGAAGGUGGGGUCGCGGAGUGUGUGACACGCGCGGGGAGCGGCGGCGGCGGCUGCGGGCCGCGGGAGGAGGAGCGGGGAGUCCCGGCGCGGCCGCGGGAGCCCCCCGGGGCGGUCGGCUGGAGCUUGCCGUAGCGGCUGGGAUUUACCGUGGUGGUGGCGGUUGGCGCUGACCGGCGGGGGAGCGCGCCGCGCGGCGGGGACCGUGCCCGCGGUCCCCCCUCCCCCCUCCCUCGCCCCUCUCCCUCCUCCUUCCCUCCCCCCCGCUCCCCCUCCCCGGGGCCGCCGCCUCUUGGGCUGAUCCCCCCGGCCCGGACCAUGGCCGACGACGACGUGCUGUUCGAGGACGUGUACGAGCUCUGCGAGGUGAUCGGCAAGUGAAUUCCAAGGAACCAGGAAUGCAGCACCUUUAUUUAGCUUACAGAUUUUGGGUACCACCUUGGCUGCCUGGAAGCAACUUGAGGAAAGAUGCUGUAAAUCUGCUUUCAAUUGCUACGUAUGCAUCUUGCUAAACCUCUUUCAGUGAAACAUCCACUAAAUGUCUGCACAUUCUUGUGAUUUAUCAUUGAUUGAUACAGUAAUUUAAUUCUUGCAAAUAGCACAUCUGGCCCUGAUUUGUGUUUCGGACACAUUAAAUAUUAAACCAGGGGUCCGUUCAGUGUUGUGCGGCGAUGUAUCAACAGGGAAACAGGGCAACAGUUUGCUGUAAAGAUUGUCGAUGUAGCAAAAUUCACUUCAAGUCCUGGAUUAAGCACAGAAGAUCUGAAGAGAGAAGCCAGUAUUUGUCACAUGCUGAAGCAUCCUCAUAUUGUUGAACUAUUGGAGACAUACAGCUCAGAUGGAAUGCUUUAUAUGGUCUUUGAGUUUAUGGAUGGAGCAGAUCUGUGUUUUGAAAUUGUGAAGAGAGCAGAUGCUGGAUUUGUGUACAGCGAGGCUGUAGCCAGUCAUUAUAUGAGACAGAUAUUGGAAGCUCUACGUUACUGUCAUGAUAAUAACAUAAUUCACAGAGAUGUGAAGCCACACUGUGUACUGCUUGCCUCAAAAGAGAAUUCAGCCCCAGUGAAGCUUGGUGGCUUCGGGGUAGCAAUUCAGUUAGGAGAGUCCGGGCUAGUUGCUGGAGGACGUGUAGGAACACCUCAUUUUAUGGCCCCAGAAGUGGUAAAAAGGGAACCUUAUGGGAAGCCUGUAGAUGUUUGGGGUUGUGGCGUGAUCCUUUUUAUCCUGCUAAGCGGUUGUUUGCCUUUUUAUGGAACCAAGGAAAGAUUAUUUGAAGGCAUUAUUAAAGGAAAAUACAAGAUGAAUCCUAGGCAGUGGAGCCAUAUUUCUGAAAGUGCCAAAGAUCUGGUACGUCGCAUGCUUAUGCUGGAUCCAGCGGAAAGGAUAACAGUAUAUGAAGCGCUGAAUCAUCCCUGGUUAAAGGAGAGAGAUCGCUAUGCAUACAAGAUUCACCUUCCAGAAACAGUAGAACAAUUGAGAAAAUUCAAUGCAAGACGAAAACUAAAGGGGGCAGUACUAGCAGCUGUGUCAAGCCACAAAUUCAACUCCUUCUAUGGUGACCCCCCUGAAGAGCUGCCAGACUUCUCUGAAGACCCCACCUCCUCAGGACUUCUAGCAGCAGAAAGAGCAGUCUCACAGGUGCUGGAUAGCCUGGAAGAAAUUCAUGCACUUACAGACUGCAGCGAAAAAGACUUAGAUUUUCUUCACAGUGUUUUCCAGGAUCAGCAUCUUCACACGCUACUAGAUCUUUAUGAUAAAAUAAACACAAAAUCUUCACCACAAAUCAGGAAUCCUCCAAGUGAUGCUGUACAGAGAGCCAAAGAGGUAUUGGAAGAAAUUUCAUGUUACCCAGAGAACAAUGAUGCAAAGGAGCUAAAGCGUAUUUUAACACAACCUCAUUUCAUGGCCUUACUUCAAACUCAUGAUGUAGUGGCACAUGAAGUUUACAGUGAUGAAGCGCUGAGAGUUACACCUCCUCCCACCUCUCCAUACCUAAACGGGGAUUCUCCAGAAAGCGCCAACGGUGAUAUGGAUAUGGAGAAUGUAACACGAGUUCGACUGGUGCAGUUCCAGAAGAACACAGAUGAACCAAUGGGAAUCACUUUAAAAAUGAAUGAGCUGAACCAUUGCAUUGUGGCAAGAAUUAUGCACGGAGGAAUGAUUCACCGGCAAGGUACGCUCCAUGUAGGGGAUGAGAUCCGAGAAAUAAAUGGAAUCAGUGUGGCAAAUCAAACUGUAGAACAACUACAAAAAAUGCUUAGGGAAAUGCGUGGAAGUAUUACCUUUAAGAUUGUGCCAAGUUAUCGCACGCAAUCUUCAUCCUGUGAGAGAGAUUCCCCCUCUACAUCCAGACAGUCCCCAGCUAAUGGUCAUAGCAGCACUAACAAUUCUGUUUCGGACUUGCCAUCGACAACACAACCAAAAGGACGACAGAUAUAUGUAAGAGCACAAUUUGAAUAUGAUCCAGCAAAGGAUGACCUCAUUCCUUGCAAAGAAGCUGGCAUCAGAUUCCGAGUUGGGGAUAUUAUCCAAAUCAUUAGCAAAGAUGAUCAUAACUGGUGGCAGGGUAAACUUGAAAACUCAAAAAAUGGUACUGCAGGUCUUAUUCCUUCUCCUGAGCUUCAAGAAUGGCGAGUUGCUUGUAUUGCCAUGGAGAAGACCAAACAGGAGCAACAAGCCAGCUGUACUUGGUUUGGAAAGAAAAAAAAGCAGUACAAAGACAAAUAUUUGGCAAAGCACAAUGCAGUGUUUGAUCAAUUAGAUCUCGUCACAUAUGAAGAAGUAGUAAAACUGCCAGCAUUCAAAAGGAAAACGCUAGUCUUACUAGGUGCACACGGUGUUGGAAGAAGACACAUAAAAAACACACUCAUCACAAAACACCCGGACAGAUUUGCUUACCCCAUUCCUCAUACAACUCGACCUCCAAAGAAAGAUGAAGAAAACGGGAAAAAUUACUACUUUGUAUCACAUGACCAAAUGAUGCAGGAUAUAUCAAACAAUGAAUAUUUGGAAUAUGGCAGCCAUGAGGAUGCAAUGUAUGGGACAAAACUGGAAACAAUACGAAAGAUCCAUGAGCAGGGACUAAUUGCAAUACUUGAUGUAGAACCUCAGGCAUUGAAGGUCCUGAGAACUGCAGAGUUUGCUCCUUUUGUUGUUUUUAUUGCUGCACCUACGAUUACCCCAGGCAUUAAUGAGGAUGAAUCUCUUCAGCGCCUGCAGAAGGAGUCUGAAAUCUUACAGAGAACAUAUGCACACUACUUUGACCUAACAAUUAUCAACAAUGAAAUUGAUGAAACUAUCAGGCACCUGGAGGAAGCCAUCGAGCUUGUGUGUACAGCCUCACAGUGGGUCCCAGUCUCCUGGGUCUACUAGACCAGUCAUGAGAGAAUUGAAAAGAAAAAAAUCUGUCAUUACUGGGAACCACCUCAUACACGGAAAACCUCUUCGUUAUUGACCUUGUGUCAACAGGUCUUGGCCCCUAGAGACUACCUAGAUGUAGUGUGACCUAAAAUAUAAUUAUUGUCAUGUCCGAAUAGAUAGGAGGAGGGGGGAAAAAAAUCAAACACUAAUUUAAAGAGACAGUAUCUUUUUUUUAAUCAUUUCUCCUAAACUUUAAUAAAAUGUAUCUUUAAAUAUGUGUAUUAUUCAGUCCUUUGGAAUGUUAUAUUUUUGGAAAUCAUAGCUUUUUAUUUCAAGGGCCCCUAAAAACUGCACAAAAUAGAUGCUGCUUUCUAUAAUCUAUUUUAAUAGUAAUAAUAAUAUGAUUCUGUUACCUUAACUUGGGGGUGGAACACUACAUUCUUUUUAGAGUCUGAUUUUAUGGAUUGGAAUACUUUGCUUUCCUUUUAUUUAUUUGAAGUAAUUAGUCUAGUGGUUACAAAACAAAUUCAUAAAUUUUAAAGGCCUUUUUUCGCCCUUUUUUUUUUCUAGGAUAGCAUUUUUAAGUACUUUUGUGUAACAUCCAGAUAUUGUGAUACUGUCUCUUUGAAGAACUCUGUAAAACUUUUAGAAAUCUGAAAUUGGGUCUUGACUCUUAAUGCAUGUGGACAGUUGCAAGCGUUCAUGCCGUUGGUGUAUCUGUGUUGAUAAAACCUGUAAUCUACAGCAAAGUACAUUCCGUUCAUGGGAACACGUACCCAAGGGAAUAAAGUAAAAUAUUAUUCUGACUAAGUUGUAAACCUAUGCACAUCCCUUGCAUUUUGGGCAACUUUAUAAAAAAAAAAGAAAAAAAAACAAAACUGAUUUUUAUUAAUAAUAAUCAUGUAGUGAAAUGUGUUUGUAAUUUUGUCUCAAUUUAAUUUGUUGUAAGGUGGGAGGGGGCAAUUACUGGUUUCACCAUUUCAGAUCCGUGUUGUCUGAGAGUAUUAACGUUUUAAUUAAGUUUAAGCAAAGAAAUGCUGAUUUUUAAUAUGUAUGUAAUUGUUUAAAAAUGCACACAUUUUAAAAGAAAAUACUGUGCAAUGAAGAAACCAGUUUAGGCAUUGCGAUAAACUGACUAUUCCAAAAGACUCAUCUACAACAGCCCUGUAAAUUCCUUUAAAAAUGGUAAUUGACUCUACAGUCUGACCAAUUUUUUUUUUAUUUUAAAUAUACUUCCUUUUAUGUGUUCAACAAUUAAA